CCUCCUCCUCUCCAGGAAGAAGUCUGCUGUAACCUACAACACAUUAAGCCUGGGGCAGAAGGGCUCACAGUUACACGUUCACUCCGGGCACCCUAUACAGCUAUCCGGACAUUAAGUCAGCUGUGAUCGGCUGGACAGAAGAAAGUUGAAAGGAUGACUGCAGGCAUUUUUGCAGAUUGUGUCUUCUUCAUCAAAGUCAACCUCUCAUCCUUUAAAGAAAAGAAAAGGCUAAAAAACAUAAUCUCUUCAAAUGGUGGGAGUUUUUCCUAUGUGCUGAAUGAGAAGUGCACACACAUCAUUGCGUAUAAUGUCAGCGAUCUCAGAGGUUCCCAUUUGAAAAAGAUUCAGAAACAUCAGAUUUCAGUUGUUGACCCUGAUUUCAUAUGGAAAUGCAUAGAAGAGAAACAACUUAUUGAGAAAGCUGAUGAUAACAAAUCCGUGCAUGUUGUUCCAGAAAAAAAAGUCAAAAACAUACAAAAUUAUCAGAAAACUCAAUCAUAUGCUAGAGAUGAAGAAAAGAACAAGGAAGACAUUCACGUCUGGGAUAACGGUGAUCCUAUGGAGGAUGAAUCCUGGUCUGCAAAAGAUUUUGAAGUGGCAAAAUACAGUUUUCUUCAAAAAGACUCGGAAGUGGCAGUUGUGGAGCUACUCAGCCUUAAAGAUGAAUGCUUGCUUCCAUAUAAAAUAUCUACAAGGACGGGCCUUCUAAAUGGAUCUAAACAAGAAUACACAUAUUUUCUGGCAGAAAACUCCAUGAAGGCCUGUGAGAGAUAUGAGCUACGUGUCAAAGAACUGAAAAACAAAGGCUUCCUUCAAAAAGAUAUUAUUCCCCCUGAGGCAAUGAUCUUCAUGUCAGAGCCACUGCAGGAGGUGCUACUGAAAGAGGCUAUAAACACUACUAAACUGUCCCAGGAGGUUGGCUGUUUUGUGGAAUCCAUCUGGCAUGAUGCCUUUGGUCAUCUGUUUGAUAUACUGUCCUCGCACAUAGAGAGCAUCAGUCUCAAUGAUGUAAGCAAAGCCGAGGGGAUUUUGCUGCAACUGAAAGGUGGUCUAACCACAGCGGCCACGCCAGGAGAGUUGCAGAAUUUAAUGGCUGAGUUUCACCGGCUUAUCCCUCAUAAUGUUAACUCAUUUCAGCCGAUUACAAAAAAACUGAUAUCGGAGAAGCAAGAAUUGUGCCAGCUUAUUAGAGACUUUCUUAAUACUUGUGAGACUACAAAAGCAUGGCACAUGUAUAGUACUUUUGCUAAAUACCAAGCUCUGAGAUGCAAAAUAGAAUAUGUGGAUCCCAACACUGAGGAAUUCCUUCAAGUGGCCAAUCAAGUCUUGGAGAAGAACUACAGUAAUGAGUCCUUUGAGGUUUUAGAAGUAUACAGAAUUGGGAGACUGAGCGAAACCUCCAGUUUUCAGAGCAAGAUGGGAAACAUUAGGUCCUUACUCCAUUCGUCCUCCGCAAGCAAUUUUCUUGGAAUCCUUUCUCGUGGGUUACUGUUGCCAAAGACGGUCGUGGAAGAAUUUGGAUUGGAAAGGACAGAUAUUGGAAACCUUGGAAGUGGCAUUUAUUUCACUGAUUCAAUAAGUGCUUGUGUUAAGUACUCAAAACCCAGUGACACCAGUGGCGCAAGACUUUUGGUGCUUUGUGAUGUGGCCCUAGGCAACCCACAAGACACCUACAAGAUGGACUUCUCAAUAACAGAGCCACCCAGUGGCUUACACAGUGUACAUGGCGUACGGAGAACUGCAGGGGUAAAUUCGGACUUUGAGGAUGAUGAGUUUGUGGUAUAUAACAGGAACCAAGUGAAAAUGAGGUAUGCUGUGCGGUUUAGUGUGAGUAAUGACAAAGUGGAUCUGAAACCUGAGUUUCUUUUCAACGAGAAUGAGCUUGAGCUUGAACAAACUCCGCAAGAUGUCCUAAUGGUGCCAACACAGUCAGAAGAUGCUGCCAUAGAUGAGCUUCCGCAAUCCAAACCCAUACAUGGUGGUCUUCAGAGUGUUGACGGUAAGCAAAUGCCCUUGGAAAUGAUCCAUGUGAAGGCUAAAGUGAUGGACCUCAUUGCGCAGGUCGUGAUUUUUCAAACCUAUAAAAACAAAUCGCCCAUGCCCAUUGAAGCCAAAUAUGUUUUUCCACUGGACAGCUCAGCAGCUGUAUGCGGUUUUGAAGCGUUUAUCAAUGGAAAGCACAUUGUGGGAGAGGUUAAGGAAAAGCAGCAAGCUCACCAGGAGUACAGAAGUGCAAUUCAAGAAGGUCACGGUGCUUAUCUAAUGGAUCAAGAUGCACCUGAUGUCUUCACUGUGAGUGUUGGAAACCUGCCACCAAAUUCCACUGUAAUUAUAAAAAUUACCUACAUAACUGAGCUGGUGAUGUCAUGUUCUGAAGUCAAUUUCCACAUUCCGGGAACAGUGGCUUCCUGGCAAAAGGAUAAAGCACUCAAUGAGAACAUUCAGGACACAGUGACAAAAGUGAAAAUUGAUGAAGGAGGUGCACCAAAAGGGUGUUUCUGUUUGGAUAUGUCCAUUGAGAUGCCAUAUAAAAUUGAGAACAUAUCAAGUUAUCAACACAGUCUAAAAAUUAAAAAAACAGAUUGCAAGGCUGUAGUCCAAACCAGAGAGGGAGCUUCUCUAGAUGAAAAUGGCUUUACAUUGGUUAUUUCAAUGACAGAUGCCUAUCUUCCAAGAAUGUGGGUAGAAAAACACCCAGAUAAAAACAGCGAGGCGUGCAUGCUGGUAUUUCACCCUGAAUUUGAGUCCGAAUAUCAACCAGCAGAUGUAACCAUUUGUCUAGAUUGCUCUAAUUCCAUGGAGCCAUGUUUCCAAAAUGCUAAACUACUUGCUCUGCACAUUCUUCGAUCGGUGCAUCUAGCCUACCAUGUUAACCUAAUCCUCUUUGGUACAACUUACAAAGAGUUUGACAUUUGUCCAAAAAGACGAGAUAAUUUACAGGACCUGGAGAAGUUUAUUAAAAUGGCCAAACCAGACAUGGGCAAUACAGAAUUCUGGAAGCCCCUGAACUCGAUGUGUUUGCUUCCACCAUCCACAGGAAUACAUAAAAUCCUCCUAAUAUCUGAUGGACAAAUUCAAAAUGAGUACCCUAUCUUCCAGAUUCUGAAAAGAAAUGUGGGGAAAGUCAGGUUAUUCACCUGUGGUGUUAGUGCAACAGCAAACCGCCAUAUGCUGAGGAGUUUGUCACAGCAAAGUGGGGGAGCCUUUGAGUUUUUUGAAGACAAAUCUAAGAGCAGUUGGGACAGCAAGGUACAAAGGCAGAUUUCCAGACUGUAUUCUCCCAACUGUAGCGCUGUGUCUGUCAAAUGGAGACAAUUUGAUCAUAAUGCCCCAGAUCCACUCCAAGCACCAUCUCGGAUACAGGCGUUAUUCUCUCAAGAUUCCCUGCUUGUCUAUGGGUUCAUUCACCAUUGCACUCAGGCCACCCUGAAGGGUUUAAUUGGCGAUAAAGAGUUGGAUACCAUGGUAUCAACAACAGAAUUACAGAAGACAACAGGAACGAUGUUGCACAAGCUGACAGCUAGAGCUCUCAUUCGAGAUUAUGAAGAUGGAAUUCUAGGUGAAGAAGAAGAUGAACAUGAGCUGAAUAAAAGACUAAAGAAGAUGUUAAUUGUCGAGCUCAGUAAAGAAUAUUCCCUUGUAACUCAGUUUACAAGCUUCAUCGCAGUAGAAAAACGAGAAGCAGAUGAAAGCCAUCUGGACAUUGAACCGAACAUUCAGGAAAUUAUUGCAUCAGAAGAUGUGGAUUUCUUGCCAUACAUGGAUUGGGACCCUACUGACCCUACUGACCCUACUGACCUUCAAAUGGAUUUUGACAGUGAAGAGAGUGAAUUCGUUGAAGAACCAAGGUUACAUUUAGACGUUCUGGAAUGCUUAGCAGAAGAAGUUUAUGAAGGGGAUUUUGAGUCUGCCCAAUAUGUACUAGCCGCCUCAGCAUUUCCGACCUUCAUUCCUCUAAGUCCACUACCUUGUGUUGAGAGGAAUCUGUCACUAGCUGAGAUUGGAGCCCAAACAAGUUUAUUUUCAGGCGCUCCACAGCCACAAGCAUUGUCAUUCGAUGCCCAGCCGUAUCCACCACCUCCCCCGUUGUUUGGCAGCCCUUUCCCUCAUGCACAACCGGAUUCUCUCCACCCUGCGUCUCAAAGAAAGAUGGAAUCCAAAGGAAUUAUGCAGCGCAGAAAAAUUCUGGGGCGGAAGAUGGAUGUGGACAUGGAAAUGCGUCCGUGUGGUUUUUCAAAAAUUGAAGCCCAAACAAGUUUAUUUUCAAGCGCUCCACAGCCACAAGCAUUGUCAUUCGAUGCCCAGCCGUAUCCACCACCUCCACCUCCCCAGUUGUUUGGCAGCCCUUUCCCUCAUGCACAACCGGAUUCUCUCCACCCUGCGCCUCAAAGAAAGAUGGAAUCCAAAGGAAUUAUGCAGCGCACAAAAAUUCUGAGGCAGAAGAUGGAUGUGCACAUGGAAAUGCGUCUGUGUGGUUCUUCAAAAAUUGGACCCCAAACAAGUUUAUUUUCAAGCGCCCAGCAAUAUCCAUCACCUCCCCCGUUGUUUGGCAGCCCUUUCCCUCAUGCACAACCGGAUUCUCUCCACCCUGCGCUUCAAAGAAAGAUGGCAUUCGAAGAAAUUACGUUGGACAGUGCUGCAGGUUGUGAGACGGAGGUGAACAUGAAAAUGCGUCCGUGUGGUUUUUCCAAAAUUGGACCCCAAACAAGUUUAUUUUCAAGCGCCCAGCAAUAUCCAUCACCUCCACCUCCCCCGUUGUUUGGCAGCCCUUUCCCUCAUGCACAACCGGAUUCUCUCCACCCUGCGCCUCAAAGAAAGAUGGCAAUCAAAGGAAUUACGUUGGACAGUGCUGCAGGUUGUGAGACGGAGGUGAACAUGAAAAUGCGUCUGUGUGGUUUUUCCAAACGCUCUAUAUGUAAACGCCCACUAAUAAAAAGUCCUACUUGGUCAUCCCUUUCUGCACUACAACAGGAGGAGGGAUUCUGGUUGUUGACACCUGCUCUUGGCAAACUUCUACAUAUUGAUGUACCUUUCUUGACUGAUGUUUUCCUAUACAAAAAAGGCAUCUGCUCUCUUGGGAUCAAAGGAAAAGAUGAGGUUCAAAAACUAAUUGCUACUCUUCUGGUGCUGCAAGCAAUACGCAACUACGGAUUGAUUCAUUUGGUCACGUUUAAGUCAUUGAUGAAAAUGGAUGACUCCUCCACUACAAGUGAAUUCUACCCAAAUAUCAACAAAGCCAUCAAAUGGGCAAGGAAAGCAGAGCAACAAUAUCCAGGCAUUUGCCCACGACUUGGUCUGGGGAAAGACUGGGAUUCUGCAACAAAACUGUUACUAAGGAUUGAACCUAUAGAUCUGUCUUCUGACCUUUACCCAGCAGUAAUGUAAGAGGUUUUGUAAGAGACAAAUCUGCUAUAUACAAUUUGCCUAUAGCUAGCAUAGUCUUUAAAAAAAAAAAUACCCUUUAGUCCCUUUCACUUUGAGCAAAGAUCUCCACUUGCUCUCUCAUAGAUCCUUAGUGUGCUCCUGUUUUUAAUUUGGAAGCUUAUUUUAGCAGCAUUGGCCACCCAAGGCAGCACAUCACAAAGAUAUGUUUCAGAAAAGGCACAAAAAGAUUGAGGAGCAAAGAUCAUUAGGUUGCAAGCAAAACCAAGUUGCACCAUCACCCCCUUGAGCCCUCCUCAGUAACAUACAUACUGGCACACAUUUUAAACACUAAUACACAUACAUACACGCUUGUGCUACAAACAGACUAUAUGUACACAAACACA